AUGACGAGAAACAGAAUCGCAGAUCAAACUCACCAGAUGAGUCAAUCGAUGAUGAUCGCUGAAUCAGACCCUUUCUCAUUCGCUCGAAGUUAUCAACUUGAAGCACUAGAGCAGGCAAUGAAGGAGAACACCAUUGUUUUCCUUGAGACUGGUUCUGGGAAGACUCUUAUAGCCGUAAUGCUGCUAAAGAACUAUGCUUUCCAUCUCAGAAAACCCUCUCAAUUCAUUGCUGUUUUCUUGGUCCCUACUGUAGUUUUAGUUGCCCAACAAGCUGAAGUGGUGGAGAGACACACUGACUUGAAAGUUGGGAAAUAUUGGGGAGAAAUGGGUGUGGAUUACUGGGAUGCAGCUACUUGGAAGAAGGAGCUUGAGACGUAUGAGUUGUUUGUGAUGACACCCCAGAUCCUUCUUGAUGCCUUGAGGCAUAGCUUUUUGAAACUAAAGAUGUUAAAGCUGCUAAUUUUCGAUGAAUGCCAUAAUGCAAGGGGCAGAAGCCCUUAUUCUUGUAUUAUGACGGAGUUCUAUCACAGGGAUUUACAUUCUAAUGCUACAGAACUUCCCAGAAUAUUUGGGAUGACUGCUUCUCCUAUAAAGUCAAAAGGCCCAGACUUGCCAUUCGUCUUUGGGAAGCAAAUUCUGGAGUUGGAGAGUCUUAUGAAUUCAAAGGUGUAUACUGUUGCUAAUGAAUCGGUACUGGCUGAGUUUAUACCAUUUUCAACUCCAAAGCUGAAGUUUUAUAAACAUGUGGACAUUCAGUGCCCCCAAAUUGUGCACUUAUCUCGUUGGUUGGAGGGAUUACAGAACAAGCAUUUGCAGUCUCUGAAAGAAUUGCAUCUCGGUGAUUGCCUCGAAGAAUCUCUUUCAAAGAAGAUCUCCAAACUUUGUGCAACUUUUUUGUACUGUAUUACUGAGUUGGGUAUUUGGUUGGCCUUAAAGGCUUCUGAAUCUUUUUCAUGUACUGAAAUUGAAAUUUUCCCCUGGCUGCCAAGAAAGGAUGGGAUUGGUAACAGGGUUGUGAGAAUUUUCAAUCUAGAAGUAUUCCAGUUGUUCUCGACAUAUAUUCCAAGUGCAGAAUGGUCUAUUGGAGGUAAUAUUAGAGCAAAUAUAGAUGCUGGCUUUUUAACUCCGAAGGUUGAAUGUCUCAUUGAUUCUCUCUUGGAGUACAGGAUGGUGAAAGAUUUGAGAUGUAUAAUAUUUGUUGAACGGGUCAUUACAGCAAUUGUUCUUCAAUGUUUGUUGAGCCAACUACCACAACUGAGCUUCUGGAAGACAGAGUACAUGGCAGGGAAUCAAUCUGAAUUGCAUUCACAGAUUAGGAAAAAACAGAUUGAAAUCGUUAACGCAUUUAGGAAAGGCCUGGUAAACAUUAUUGUAGCAACCCAAAUUCUUGAAGAGGGAUUAGAUGUUCAAAGUUGCAACUUGGUUAUCAGAUUUGAUCCCUCAAACACCGUUUGCAGUUUUAUACAGUCACGUGGCCGUGCUAGAAAGCAGGGUUCAGAUUAUUUAUUAUUUGUCGAGAGUGGGGAUCAUUCUACACUGUCAAGAGUUAAAAAAUAUCUAGCCUGUGGAGAUAUUAUGCGAGAACAAUCCCUACGGAACGCUUCUAUUCCUUGUGCGCCUCUUGAAACUGAAAUGUUUAAAGAGGAAUUUUAUCGCGUUGAAUCUACUGGGGCAAUUGUGACACUAAGCUCUAGUGUAGCUCUUGUUAACUUCUAUUGCUCACGACUCCCUUCUGAUGGGUAUUUUCGGCCAGCUCCGAGGUUUAUUAUUGAUAAGGAUUCCAAAUUCUGCACCUUACAACUUCCCUUGAGCUGUCCGAUACCAAAUGUUUUUGCUCAAGGUGAGAUUAAUAUGUUGAAGAAAGUUGCAUGCCUUGAAGCAUGCAGGAAGCUUCAUGAGGUUGGCGCUCUAACAGAUAAUUUAUUGCCAAAACUAGUUGAGGAAGAAGCAAAUGCUCAAAUAAUAGGGAAUAUAUCAUAUGAAGAUGAACAUGAUAAUUAUUUUCCUGGAGAACUGGUUGGUCAUUCACCAUUUAAUUUUCAAGAGGGAUUGUACUUUUGCUAUGUAAUUGAAUUAAAGCGGAAUUUUGAGUAUGAUGUUCCACUCAAAGAUCUUGUUCUUUUCAUGAGGUGUGACCUGGAUCUUGGAUCUAAGAAUUAUGACUUCGACUUAGAAAUUGAUAGGGGUUCUGUCACAGUGAACAUUGCAUACUGUGGUAGAAUGCAUCUUAAUCCAAAACAGGUUCUUACAGCUAGCAGAUUCCAGAUAACUGUUCUAAGGCUGCUUCUUGAAAGUAAUUUGGACAAAGUAAAAAAUGCCAUCGACGGACUUCAUCUGGAGUCAAGUCAUCAGAUGAUUGACUAUUUACUACUUCCUUCAAGCAGUUGCAAUCCGGAAUCUAUAAUUAUUGAUUGGGACUGUGUCAGGUCUGCAUGGUUUCCAUGUACAGUACAGUCAAGUGAAAUUGUCCAGGUCCAUCAUAAGCAUUCUUGUACCUCAAAGGGUUCUGCUCCUAGGUUACAGACUAAAAAUGGUGUGACGUGUAGCUGCAUUCUUGAGAACUCCUUAGUGCUAACUCCUCAUAAUGGUUGUAUAUAUUGCAUCACUGGCAUCGUAUAUGAUUUGGAUGGGAAUUCACUGAUGAAAAAGAAUGAAGGUUUUAUCACGUACAAGAAAUAUUACCAGCACCGGCAUGGCAUUGAAUUACAAUCUGAUGGACAACCUCUGCUCGAUGGGAGACGUAUUUUUACAGUGAAAAAUAGGCUUCACAGAUGUAACCAUCAGAAGGCCAAAGAGCAGAGUAAUAAUUACGUUAAAUUGCCUCCUGAACUUUGUUUGGUCAUUCUGUCCCCAAUUUCAAUUGAUGUUUUCUAUUCAUUCUCAUUGGUUCCAUCCAUCAUGCAUCGGCUUGAGUCUCUUCUUAUUGCCAUCAACUUGAAGAAGUUGCAGUCAGAUCACUUCACACAAAAUGUUCCUAUUCCAGCCAGCAAGGUUUUGGAAGCAAUUACCACAAAGAGAUGCCAAGAAGAGUUUUCUUUGGAAUCACUGGAGACUCUUGGAGACUCAUUCCUCAAGUAUGUGACUUGUCAACAACUAUUCAGGGCUAACGAACAUCAUCAUGAGGGUCUUCUUAGUGCUCAGAAAGACAGAAUGAUUUCUAACAUCUUUCUUUGCAAAUUAGGAUGUGACCACAAGCUUCCGGGUUUUAUCCGUACCGAGUGCUUUGAUCCUGGAUUGUGGCAUAUUCCCGGUGAACAUUCUGAGUUGGAUGAAGUAUUGCUUUCUACCUCGAGAAAUAUUUAUAGUAAAGGAAGGAGGAAAAUCAAGAGUAAAGUAGUUGCUGAUGUGGUUGAAGCAUUGAUUGGCGCAUACCUUAGCACAGGUGGAGAAUCGGCAGCUUUAAUCUGUAUGGAUUGGCUUGGUAUGAAGGUUGACUUAGUUAAUGUGCCACAUGAGAGGCCUUUCCUGGCACAUCCAGAGAGGCAUAUUAAUAUCAGCUACAUUGAAUCAAUGUUAAAGUACUCAUUCCAUGAGCCUUCAUUGUUGGUUGAAGCAUUGACUCAUGGUUCAUACAUGUUUUCAGAGAUACCAAAAUGCUACCAGCGUUUAGAAUUCCUUGGGGACUCAGUGUUAGAUUACCUCAUCACCAGAUACUUUUAUAAGGAAUAUCCCACUAUAAUCCCAGGACUACUAACGGACCUAAGGUCUGCUACUGUAAACAAUGAAUGUUAUGCACGUGCAGUAGUCAAGGCUGGAUUGUACAAACAUGUUCUCCAUGCAUCAUCAGUGCUUCAUAAUCAGAUUGCAUCUACAGUCAACAAUUUUGAGCAAUCAUCUUUGAGUUCAACUUUUGGCUGGGAUUCUGAGACAGAUUUUCCAAAGGUGCUUGGAGAUAUUAUGGAAUCUUUAGCUGGAGCAGUUCUUGUUGAUUCUGGAUAUGAUAAUAAUGUUGUUUGGGAGACUAUACGGCCUUUUCUAGAACCUAUUGUGACACCAAAUACUGUAAAACUACAUCCUGUGAGAGAACUGCGUGAGCUAUGCCAGAGAAGAUCCUAUCCAACGGGAAAGUCUGUAUCGUGUAAGGAAGGUGUGAUUUUUUAUACUAUUGAAGUUGAAGCAGAAGGUACUAUUUAUCAACAAACAAAAUAUGGAGCAAAUAAGAAGACUGCAAAGAAACUAGCUGCCAAAUCUGUACUGGAGUCCUUGAAGGCAAGUAUUCCCGGCCUCUGAAGUGCAUAAAAAACUCAUUUAAGUCUCAAAAAAUCAAGAUGGAUGGAAUUUAGAGCUUUCUCAUAAACAGUGAAUGAAUACAAGUAAAAUCUCCUUUCAUGCAAUUACUCAGCAGUUGCCGAUCAGUGUUUCCUGGAAAUGGUAGCUACUGUUACCU